AUGGGAAUCCGCCUACAGCCUCGCAAGCGGUCCAAAGGUAAGUUGAUUGUUACAUUGCUAUCUCUGCCUGCCAACCAUCUCCAUUUCAGCAAUGAGUUAGCUCGACAGCUAGCCGACCUUCCGUUCGCCGCUGGCGAAAAUUCCUCCCCAGAGAACCGAUGGUGUCAAAUGAGGGAUACAGUCCAUUCAACAGCAAGUCGCCAACAUCAUAAGUGGUUCGAUGAGAGUGACGCCGCCAUCAGCAACCUAUUCACCGAGAAGGACCGCCUGCACAAAGCCUACGUAACCCGCCCCAUUUACAAAAACAAAGCAGACUUCUACCGUAGUUGCCGCAUUGUGUAACAGCGGCUGCGGGAGAUGCGGAACGUUUGGACGGCUAGAAGGCCCAAAGGGGAUCCCAAGGUACGUGGAGCUAAACGGAAGGAAGAACGUUUUCUCAGCGAUCAAGGCUGUCUGCAGUUCCACAGCCAAAGCAACUGCUCCUCUUCUCAGCGCAGACGGAACCACCCUGCUCACUGAGAAGACAAAAUUUUUCAGCGAUGCACUGAGCACUUCAGGAGCGUCCCCAUUCGCCCCUUUGCCAUCUCCGAAGCCGCCAGCGCCCGUCUGCCUCGGGUGGAGACCAACGCCGACCUCGACCUCCCGCCAACUCUACACGAAACCAUCAGGGCCGUGCAGCAGCUUGUGGCAGUUCGCGUCUCCUUGCCCUCCGCCUUUGUCACGCUGCUUUCCUGUUCGCCUCACACUCCUUGUCGAUACGCUGCUGGGACGCACGAGGCUGGUCACUAG